AUGGCGGCUGGAUCCAGUGUCUGGGCAGAUUUGUUCAACCAGCUGCCUGCGACGCCCACGGACUAUCCACCCUUAGACGAAAGGAAGUAUCCGGAGCGCUUUACGGACGACAUCUUUCGAGAUGAAUUGCCGGAAUUGGAGUUUCGAUUAGAAGAGGCAUGUGUCAAGGGCUCGAUCCAGGAGGUGCACGAUCUCAUUUUGAAAGGUGCCGACAAGAAUGCUCCGUUGGACAAGGAGCUCAAAACCCCGCUGAUGAUCGCCUGUCAGCUCGGUUGGUUUCAUUUGGUCAAGUGGCUGGUGGAAUUUGAAGGCGUUGACCUCGAUGGCCCUGUCUCGCGCUGUGGCUUUCGCGCCAUUGACUACGCUGGGAAGGAGCAAUUCCGAUGGCCAAACGAAGAGGUGGAGAUAGCUGACUACCUCAGGAGUUCGGGUUCCAACUACACCUGGUGGGGCGCCUGCUUUGCCGGAGACAUCCCCCGAAUCGAUGAGUUUCUGCAGAACGGCCAGGACAUCAAUGAAGUCAAUCCGGUGCUAUGGAACUACAACGCAGUGGACUGUGCCAUCCACGGCGGCUGCGGAAAAGCUGCGCAAUUCCUGGUGGCGCGUGGUGGCAUCAUCACCGUGCGAAACUGUCAUAUCCCAGUGUGGGAAGAUAUGCUCUGGAGCUUGGGUCGCGGAGAUGCUUUCAUGUACAAGAUGGACAGCAUCAUCCAAGCGGUGACACGCGAUCAGCCGGUGGAUCACUUGUGCAAGGACUUGGAUGCAAGGGCCUUGACGAAGUGCAUAGGCCAGUUGGGAAGACUUCACAAGCCCUUGGCAGCUGCGACUCUCUUGGAAGCUGUUCAAAGAUCUCGUGGUGAUGUCAACGUCAUCCACUACAAUGCCGCCAUCAGCGCCUGUGCUUCGGCAAGCGCCUGGUCUUUGGCAUUGCAGCUCUUUUGCAACGCCAAACUCGAGGCGGUGGACAUCUUUUCCUAUGGAUCUUUGAUCAACGCCUACUCCAAGGCCCUCUACUGGGCGGAGCCGAUCGAUCUGUUGAAGGAUGCUUCUCAGCAGCAGCUGCAGCUGAACAGCAUCAUCUUCAGCUCUGCAAUCUCCGCACAGAGGUGGCCAACAGCCCUAGCAUUAGUUCUUCAGAUGCAGCAACGGGCGCUGGAGGUCGCUCCUGUUCUCACUUCCACCAUCUCCUGCUGCCGUUCCGCCCGUUCCGCCUGGCCAUCUGCCCUGCAUCUCCUGCGUUCGGUGGAGCCGCUGGAGUCGCAGAACGUGCUGCUGGGGGCUGUCAUGGCGGCCAGCUGGGUGAAGGCCAUGCAGUUGGUGGAAGACAUGGCAUCAACUCGAGUGGCCGAAGAUCAAGCCACAGCUGCAUCGCUCAUUUCGGGCCUUGGGAGCAUCGGCCAUUGGAAAUCGGCAUUGCAUUCUUUGGAGGAGGCAACCGUGAAGAGCCUGCAGCUUGAUGCCAUUACCUUCGCUGCUGCUAUCGGAGCCUGCGAAAAAAGUGCCUGUUGGGAGUCGGCGCUGCACGUGCUCACGCAGCUCCCGUCGGGAAGGAGUACAGCAUUCAAUGCGGCCAUCAGCGCGUGUAGCAAAGCGUCCGCUUGGGCUGCUGCAUUCUCCUUAUUUCAUGACAUGGUGUCCCAUGAAAUUCGUGCUGACCUCAUUUCCUGCAACGCUUUGCUGAACGCCUGCGACAAGGGUCAGCAGUGGGCCUUGGCGCUGGAUGUGCUGGAGACCAUGAGCCUCAAGCAGAUCUUGGCAGAUGCCAUCAGCUACACCGCAGCCCUGGAAGCCUCCGAGACGAAAACGGAGCAAUGGAUGACCACCCUGCAGUUGCUAGAGGAGGUGAUUGAAGGUGGCUAUGAUGAGUGGACCACCAACGACAUUGACUACGUCCACUACUAUCAAGCAGGAUCUCCGGCAGAUUGCCUGAAGCAUUCGAUCUUAGUCUAUGCUCUGACGGAGUUUGUGCAAGAUGCCAGACCUUUUGUGUAUAUCGACACUCACUCGGGCACUGGCAUCUAUGACUUGAACUCACCUGAGGCAAAGAGAUUUCAAAACCAUCAAGGAGGAGUUGUGACUUUGGCCACCAAAGACGUGAGAUCCAGAAGUCUCCGAGACUACCUGAGACUGCAGAAAGUGCAGAACGUCACAGGUCGCCUUGCAGACAUUGGCCAUUGCUAUUUGGGUUCACCCGUCAUUGCGCAGCACUUCCUCCGGCCCCAAGAUGCCUCGCUCCUCUUCGAAGCAUCUUCCCCAGUCGCCCAAGCGUUGGAAGAAAAUCUGCGGCCCUUGGGGCCCUUGGGGCCUUUGCAUGCGACCCGCGUUUGUUGUGGCAGUUGCUACCGCUGGUUCUCUGAGGAUUUGGAAAUCCCAAGGGGGAGCCGAGUCCUGGCACUGAUCGAUCCACCCUAUGAUUCCGCCAGCAGUUCGGACAGGUGGAAUUUGUACUUAGUGAAGCAGAUACGGGAACGAUGGACAGACAGUUCUGUUUUGCUUUGGCAUCCCUUUGCAUCGGAAGAACAUACGACUCGCCUUCAUGCUCGCCUGGUAGCUAUGCAGCUGGGCGAACUUCAAGUGGCCGAGCUGCAAACCGCCACAUCAAGGUCCUCGGUGAUCAUCGUGAAUCCACCUGCUUCCUUCGAGCAGCUGGAUUUGCUGCUCACAGAUUUGAGUCGGAAUUUGGGUGGCACAUGCCAUAGCAAAAUCAUGCCGUUGGUGAAUGUUUUCCUCGGCACGACGCCUAGGGGCUGGCAGGUGAUGCUGACACCACCAUACGACACAAGUACGGUGUUGACCUUCCUAAAUGGAAAGAAAUAUUUCUUGCAGAAGAUGGAGUUCACUUCGCCCUCCGAAAACAGCCUGGAUGGACAGAGUUUUGAUAUGGAGAUGCAGCUUGUGCAUAAGGCUGAAGAUGGCCAACUCCUGAUCAACUCGGUUUUCCUCAAGGUCGGGCUGGUGGAGGGCAAUGAGUACUUGAGCACGUUUUGGCCGCAAUUUCCCCCGAAGGUGAGCUCCGAUGGGACUGCGGCUCAGAUAGCAAACCCUUACUAUGCGGGUUUACCAGGAGAUCGCUCGUUGUUCGCCUUCAACGGCAGCGGAACCGUUCCUCCAUGCGCGACGGAUACCAUUUGGUUGGUGUUCAAGCAGCCCCUCACCAUCAGUCGGGGGCAACGAGACUUGUACCGUGGGGCCCUGAACACCAGCGCAGCGCACUCGGGAUUUUUGCGCUUUGGUCCUCCCCCCGCAGGAGUCGUACAGCCCUGGAGCAUGGAAUUGGGCAUGAACAACAGGAUCACGCAGCCCCAAGGGAGCAGACAGAUCGUGUUUUUCUCCAUGUCCAAUCCGCCAACAAAGAUGUCUUUUGAUUUUGAUGGCCAUUUUUGGGGUUUUUUGGGCAUCGGCCUUUUGCUCCUCAGUGUCCUGAUCGGUCUCAUGGCGCUGCUGUGCCUUCUAUGUUCUGGUGCUGCUGGAAGAAGCGCACGUAGCAAGGAAGUCUACACAGCAGAGAGCGACGAGGAUCGACAGCCUUUGCGGAGGUUUCCGCAGCCUGUGCAGAUGCAGCAACAUGUGCAUCCGCAAGUGCAGCUGUGGCAGCAGCCACCCAGCAUGGGCAUGAUGUCCCAGCAGCAAAUGGGCAGACCGCCCAUGACGCAGCCUAUGCACUUUGGAGGGGCUGGACAAGCCCGCGGCUAUAUGCGAUGA